AUGAUUCUUCAUCUCUUCUCCAGAAGGCAUCCUAACUCGAUUGGCCUUGGGAAAGUGGCGGAAGGACGUUGGAAAAGAUUCGUCAUGUCCAAAGCAAUGCCUUCGGUUCCUGGGAAUAUUCGAGUCUCUGACGAGCUGUAUUUGCAAAUCCAAAGACUUUGUCACUAUUCACAACGCCUGCCAAAUAUCAACGUCUUUGGUACAACCCUUCGUACAUUUACAUCAAUAUCAAAACCAGUUGAUGAAAGCGAUGAUAAAUCUUCACCUGUAGGCACCAAGAUUAUUGAAAUCGACACGAUUUCGUGGUCGGACGACCCGGCCAAAUGGCUCAAGGAAACAUGCAUGUCAUAUCAAUUUGCGGACAAGAAGAAAUCAACUGUUGACAAGCUUCUACCAGACCAAUGGAUGAAUACUCACAAUGCCUCACAUUGGAUGCCAAGAAUUAUGAAGGCAAUGUGGAAAAAGCGGAAUCUUGGGACGGAUGCCGAUGAUCGCUAUGUUUGCGACUUUAUGGCCCUUUGUGAGGCAGUGAAUCGACUCGAGGACGCAACGGAUUUGGAGAAAAUAGCGGCUAAUUUGCUCGAGAAGAUCAUUGUUUUUCAAUCACACGCCUCUCCAGAGAAACAUUGCGAGGUACAUCAUACGUGGCCAGUUUGUGCUUUGGGCUCAAUAGAAGACCCAAGAAAUUACAAGGUUGUCUCAUGGAAGGCCCAUCUUCUUUGCCACAUUGCUCUGGCAUCCCUCUUUCCAUCCAUUCGGGGAUUCAAUUUGACGGUCGCCCGGAUGCUGCACCUUGGGGAGAGUAAAUUGACUGAGGAAGAGGUACUGGCAUGCCUCGAACGGGAGGAGUUAGUUGGCGCUGCUGCGAAUGCACGAGAAAGAGCGUAUCAAGAUUUACUAGAUGCUACACAAAGACAAUGGGAUGACUGGUUUGAUCAACUGCUUGCAUUCAAAGACGAACACGGCCAUUGUCUAGUUCCUCAAUCUUUCCCACGUUUUGGCAUGUGGGUGAACACGCAACGUGGACUUUAUCGAAAGGGUAUUCUGAGUGACGAUCGAAAGCGACAGCUGGAAGCGAUUGGGUUUGUUUGGAACCCAUUCGAUGAGUAA